GUAUUUUAUACUCUGAAAAAUACAGUAGUUGAUGCUUCUAGGAUGAGAUCUUUCUAAACAUGGAAUACUUUCUCAUCAAAUUCUUGGUGGUAUCAAGAUAACUAAAACAACUUUAAAAUAAAAUUGUGUUCUGAAUACUGUAAUCCUUACUUUAAUUACUGUUUGAAUAAUUCUUUUUGCUAGAUUUAAAAUCAAGAUUUCGGAAGUAAAAAUCAAUAUAUCAAAUUUAUGCUCGAAAUCAAAGCUGCCGUAUAUUGUUUGAAUUCUACCUGUAUGAUUUUUCAUAUAUCAGUAGAUAAAAAUGUUAUGGCAAAUUAUUUGGUUAAUGUGUUAAUUAUGGAUAUAUAUUAAUUUUAAAUUUUAGCUUCCGAGAAGAAAUUGCCAAAUUUCUUACUGAAUAUGCAAAUGCUUCAGUACCAUUAGAUCCAGAACAUGUAAGAUGCAAGGAUAUUUUUUGUCUUUCUUUAUUGUUGGUAAUAUUUGAUGAAACCUAUCUAAAAUGUGAUUUUUAACAAAGUUGAUUAAAUUUAUUACUUUUAAAUUGGUUUGGAAAAUAUGAUGGGAUAUAUCACAAUAUUUUUAUGCUGAAACUAAUGUCAAAUUGUUUAGAUAAGUUUUAGGUUCCUAACUUCUUCAUGUUAUCAGUCCCAGCAUAGAUAUAUUUAUAAUGAUAAUUUGGAAAUAAUAUUCAGGUUUCUUAACAUUUCUGAAACUGUUCUAUUUCUGUUUGAAUUAUCUUCAUUCCUAACUCAGGUACCAUCACAUUACCUAUUUACAAUAGCAUACUUUCUUUAUCAUAAUUAGUAUAACAGCCUAUUGAUAGUCGCACAAUAUAGAAAUACUAGUUUAGAGGUAGUAUUUGCUUACUGUAUGCCUGGACUGGUCAAAGUUAUAAUGGUUGGUUAAAAAAAUCAGUUUUGCGACCAAUCCUCACAUGAAUGAUAGUUCCAGGAUCCUGCAGUCACAUGAUCACCAUUUGGGUGCUUCACAACCAGCAUUUAUAGCUGUAAUACCAUCCCAUGACCACUAUUUGCAAGCUUCACAAACCAGCAAAAUUUAUAGAGAACACAGAAAUGAAAUUGUGAGUUGUGGUCAUGUGAUAUCUUGCUUAAUGACUGUAGUGAUUUAAUAAUGAAAGUGGAAGUGACAUCAUAAAAUAGGCACAUCGAAUAAUUUUUCACUUGGCCACCGCAGCACUUAGCAAUGGAGUUGUCAGUCCCAGUUGUAGUCAUUAAGCAAGGACUACCUGUAGACUUUAAUAAUUUCAAACAACAUAAUCUCCCAGAUAGUUGAAUGCCAUAAGAAUUAUUAAAUACCAGCCAAAACCAUGAUGUGAUUGUUUUUAGACUGGUCCCUUAGUAUUUCAAAUUACCAAUGUUGUUAAUUGCAACUUGGCAUUUGUCUAGAUUAUUGUGAUGAAUGGCUGCUGCGCUGUCUUUGCAACUCUUUCGACUGUGUUGUGUGAUCCUGGAGAUGGAUAUCUAAUUCCAACUCCAUAUUAUGGUGGCAUAAAUUCCAAAACUUGGUUAUAUGGUGGAAUGCAACCUGUUCAUGUACCAUUAUUCAGUGAGGUACCUGACAAAGGAAGCCAGCCGUUUCAAUUAACAGUUGAAAAAUUAGAAGCUGCAUACCAGGAAGCCACGGAAAAGGGCAUCCGAAUCAGAGCAUUAAUCCUGAUCAACCCUCACAAUCCAUUAGGGGACAUUUACCCAGCACAGUUACUGACAGAAUGUCUAGAGUUUGCACACAGAUAUGAGUUACAUGUAAUAAUGGAUGAAGUUUACAUGCUGUCAGUAUAUGGUGAUACCACAUUUACAAGCAUCCUUAGCUUAAAGAGUUUACCUGAUCCAGACCGAACCCAUUUUAUGUGGGGAUUUAGCAAGGAUUUUGGCAUGUGUGGUAUUCGAGUUGGAAUAUUAUACACCAGAAACCAUUAUAUCAGGAAAGCAGUUAAUCAGCUUGUGGUUUUUCAUGGAUGUUCUGGACCUGUACAGCACGUUCUCCAACAAAUCCUUAAAGACAGAGACUGGCUGGAUAAUGUCUUUUUCCCAAUAAAUAAAAAAAGAUUAAAAGAAGCUAAAAACAUUCUUGUGGAUGGUCUUGCAGAAGUUGGAAUACCUGUUUUAAAAAGCUCAGGAGGGUUAUAUGUAUGGGCUGAUUUCAGGAAGUUUUUAAAAACACAGACAUUUGAAGCUGAAAUCGAUUUAUGGAUGAAGAUUCUGAAUGAAAAACUUCUUAUUAGUCCUGGGAAGGCCUUCUGCUGUUAUGAACCUGGAUGGUUUAGAAUAAUUUUCUCAGAUUCUGUAAAUAAGAUUAUUUUGUGCAUUCAGAGACUCCAACAAUUGCUUUGUGAUAAAAUGGAUGAACCUGUUACUCUUUGUUCAUCUCCUGAAGGAAACAAAUGUACUGAGUCAGAUGACAAUGUUUCUACUAAUGUCAUAAAUAUACCAGUGGAUGAUAUGUCAGAGGGUUAUUCACAGCUGAAAAAUAGCUGUUUUCUAAGAUCUGGACUGACAACACAAAUAACCUAUUUUUAUGUAUCAUGUCUCCCUUUCUUUUUAUAUUAUCUGAAUAUAGCUUUUACCUUGUUUGUAAUUUAUGGUUAUUAAUUUAAAAACAGGGCUAUCACAUCUGCGAAAGAUUAACUUCCUUAAUGAGGUUUCUCUUAACUGAAGUGUUAACCUAUAUUGGAAAACAACCGACCAUUUCUCAAUGUGUUUCUUUCAGACAGGUUCCAAGGCUGGAAGCAAUGCUUCUACUGGCAAACAACCAGUUGGGGAAAAUGGAAAUUGGUACUUCUCUGAUAUGAUACAUACAUUCUCACUGCAGUGGAGACAGCAGUCAGAUAGGGUUAACUCCGUCCAGUAACGAUUAGGGCUUAGUCUACAGUUUAUAAAACCAUCCUCCAUGCUGCUCCUCACAAGCUUUCGUCAAAGGUGGCCUGUAGACUGACGUGUAGUUGAUAUGAUGGAGAAGGAAGAAAAUGGAAAAGGAAGAGAAAGGCCUACCCUAGUCCUAUCAAGGGAUGGAACCUGACCGGAAUAGGGUGGGACUGACUGCUGUCUCCACCUGCAGUGAGAAUGAGCGUAUCAGGUAAGUACCAACACCCAUUCUCCACGAUUGGUGGAGACAGCAAUCAGAUAGGGACAUACCCAAGCUUGGCCUGUGUUAAGGGAGGGAUCUGGUCCCCAUGGAAGAGGAGUUCAAGACAUGGACAUUGCAAUACCCUCCUUCCAAAGGCAGCCUCAGCAGAAGCAAACCGGUCUAUCUUUUUUUUAAUAUAUUUUUUUAUUUUCACACAAACAUAAACACACCAAAACAUAUAACAUAAAAACUUCUUCAACUGCGUACAGUGUGUUGACUGGUUACAAGGUCUUUCUGUGUCCUUUCCAUAGUCAUCACUUGAGCUUUAUCAAAAAAUCACAUAUUGUCAAUCAA